AUGAAUCCAUGUUGCAAAAGCUCAACGGGAACAUUGUCAGCAUCAAAUAGUUCAGGUUGGUGGGAGGUGAAAUAUAAAGGUCGAUAUGAUCAUGAGAAGGUUGAAAAUAUAAAGAAUAUCACGCAGAAAAUGAUAAAUGAAGUUAUAAGUAAGGGAGGAGAGAUUGAUUCUCAUGCAAAUUAUUUCUUAGACAAAUGGAAUGGAUUCGAUUCAAAUCCUAGUCUAUUUGGGAGCAACAACAAUUGUUAUGAAAUUGAAGCAAUUGAUGGAUCCAAGCAUUAUGAUCCAAAAGAUAAAAGUAAGUCAGUUGUUUUUGAUGGCGCAAGUGGGAGUGGAAGUGGGAGCUAG